AAUGGUUGCUAAUCUUUCAAAUGACCAUCAUGCAACAACCGCAUUACCCUCACCGACGUCGUAUGAUCGUCAUCGUGAUCUCGUGAUCAACCAUGAUCCGACAUCGGUCGUGGCCGUUGUCGAGGGCGUCACCCUGAUCGUCAUCUUCCUCGGGGCGUUGGUCGCCAAUCUGAUCGCGAUGACGGCGAUCCUUCGAGACAAGUUGCUGCGGAAGAACCUCCAUAACUGGCUGAUCCUCAAUCUCAUCGUAAACGACCUCGGUAUAACGAUUACAAGUAUGUCUUUCUCUAUCGUAUCCGUUUUCGACCACGGUCAGUUUCUGGUCAACAACGAUGUCAUGUGCCUGAUAAAUGGAACGGGAGCUGUAGGCUUCUCUCUCGGUAACUUCGCUACGAUCCUGGCCAUUUCUGUAGACCGCUACCUGACCGUUGUCUGGUCCACCCGCUUCCCUCCCACCAAGUCUAGGACCAUCGUCUUCAUCGUCCUCUGUUAUGUGAUUUCGUUUAUCAACGUCUUGCCACCUUUCUUCAAGUUUCUCUCCGAUUUCAAGUAUCACCCGGACACCCACCACUGUUCACCCGUCUGGGAGGCCUGUAUCUACUACAUCAUCUGCUUCGUCAUUGUCUUCUGCAUCACCGUACCCGUCAUGGUCUUCUGCUACACCGGCGUUGUUCUGACCUUGAGGCGACAGGAACUGCAGCUUCGGUCGUUCUCUAAGGACAACCGGACAGCUUCUCCUGGAGUUGUGACUACUAAACCCGGCGGAAGGAUGCAAAUAUCAGCUGACGUCACCAGUGACAGGUACACCCAGGCGGCAACCUCAACAGACGCGGUGACCAAGUCCGCAGAGAGCUGCCAGACCGAGGACUAUUUUCCAUCGGUAGACGCAGACACAGAGGAACCUUCCAACAACGGCGCACUUGAGAUGCAGGACCAAAAGGACCAUGAAGACGAGAGGACUCGGCGGAAGAAAAAACUUAAGAAGAGAAACCACCAAGUGAUGCAAGGCAACCUCAGUAUGGAGAAGAGGGUUGCCCUGACAGGAAUCUUACUUGUAAUGACUACAGUGGUAUGCUGGGCGCCAUACACUAUCCUCCACUCCUGCUUCAUACCAAUCGACUCCAACCAUUGGAUGGGCGUGGUGACGAUGUGGCUGAGCUAUGCCAACUCCCUGCUCGACCCUCUGAUCUACACGUUCAUGAACAGACAAGUCCGGGCAAGAUACAGGGCCCUGUUUAGCUGGUGUCCAGGAAUCAGUUGCAGAUCUGUGCGAACUUAA